AUGUUUGAUGUUUUCGGAUCAGUUCGGGGCUUGCUCAAGCUCGACCAAGUGAACAUUGACAACAAUGUAUUUCGGUUGCACUACAAAGGAACGGUGAUCCUGCUGAUCGCGUUCUCCCUGCUCGUGACCUCCCGGCAGUACAUCGGGGACCCGAUCGACUGUAUCGUCGACGAAAUUCCGUUGAAUGUGAUGGACACCUACUGCUGGAUCUACUCAACCUUCACAGUUCCAGAUCGGUUCGGAAUUAUCGGCAGGGACGUUGUUCAGCAGGGAGUAGCGAGUCAUGUCGAGGGCACCGACAAAGUUAAGUACCACAAAUACUACCAGUGGGUGUGCUUCGCCCUCUUUUUCCAGGCGAUACUGUUCUACGUUCCGCGGUACCUCUGGAAGACCUGGGAGAACGGAAGACUGAAGAUGCUCGUCCUGGACCUCAACUGCCCGAUCGUCACCGACUCCAGCAAAACUGAACGCAGCAAACUUCUCGUCGACUACUUCAGGACCAAUCUGCACACGCAGAAUUUGUACGCUUAUAGGUUCUUUUUCUGCGAGAUUCUUAACUUCAUCAACGUCGUGGGGCAGAUCUAUUUUAUGGACUACUUUUUGGACGGAGAGUUCUCCACUUACGGACGAGAUGUCGUGAGGUUCACCGAGAUGGAGCCCGAAGAAAGAGAAGAUCCGAUGGCCAGGGUUUUUCCGAAAGUGACCAAGUGCACGUUCCACAAAUACGGAGCUUCAGGAACGGUCCAGAAGUUCGAUGGACUCUGCGUUCUUCCGCUGAACAUCGUCAAUGAGAAGAUCUACGUGUUCCUCUGGUUCUGGUUCAUCAUCCUGUCGGUGAUCAGCGGACUGAGUCUUCUUUAUCGCCUUGCGGUGGUUCUUCUUCCAAAAUUGAGGCUGAUGAUUCUUCGGGCCAGGUCUCGCAUUUCUUCCCAGAGCGAAAUCCAGACGAUAUCCAACAGAUUCCAGAUCGGAGACUGGUUUGUUCUCUACCAAUUGGGGAAAAAUAUCGAUCCUCUGGUGUUCAAGCAGCUGAUUACCGAUCUGGCCACGAGAUUCGAGGGAAAAGAGAGUGUUUAG